AUGCAUUCCAUCGUGCUGCUUCUGAUUGCUACCGCCUUCUCAACGCGGGUAACGGCUGGCCCUCGCCGUCCCGUGAUUCAAGAGGGAGACGACGUCUUUGUGACUGUAGAGAACGGCGACCUGAGGGGCGUGGUGGCCACGUCACUGAACGGUGCUCUCUACAACCAGUUCCUGGGCAUACCGUACGCAACGCCACCUGUCGGAGAUCUUCGGUUCCGCGCUCCGCAGCCGGCGGCCUCCUGGUCCGGGGUUCGGGACGCUCUGUCUUUCGCAUUACUAUGGUUCCUCAGCCUACAGAACGAAGAUAUCCCGGGCAAUGCCGGGUUCAAGGACCAGGUGCUGGCCCUACAGUGGGUGCAGAGGAACAUAGCGGCCUUCGGCGGGGAUCCCAGCACGGUUGCCAUCUUUGGUGAGAGCGCAGGCGGCGGCUCCACGUCACAUCUCUUCCUUUCGCCUGCCACCAAAGGUCUCUUCAGUGGGGUGAUCAUGGAGAGUGGGGUAGCGACGACCCCAUGGGGGCUGACGGACAUACCACGCGAGAGGGCGUAUCGGAUGGCGGAGGCGCUCGGCUUCCAGACGCAGGGCGAUAACCACACUGACGACGACGACGCACUGCUGGCUGCCUUCCUUCGCGCCGCCAACUACACAGACCUCAUCAGAGAUGACUCUCUCGCGCUUACGGACUUCGAGAAGCGAUGUCCACUGCCGCUGGCGUUCCUGCCCGUCGUGGAGCCACCGUCGGACUCUGCGGUGAUCGUUGAGCAUCCAGCGGACGUUCUCAAGGCAGGCAGCUACAACCAGGUGCCCAUAAUUCUGGGCGUCACUUCUGGAGAGGGGAUCAUCAUACCCUUCUUGUCCACUAUCCUAACAGAAGAGGGUGUCGCCGACAUGAAGGAGAACUUCACGGCGCUGAUUGGCUCCCAGCUGCCGCUGCCCACGGAGGAACAGCGGACCCGAGCAGCUGAACAGCUGGAGCAAUUCUACUUUGGGGCCGAGGGUUUCUCUACAGACGAUAUGCAAGCUGUUGUUGAUCUGUUUUCUGACGUGUACUUCAUACAACCAGCGGACUCCUUUGCAAGGGCCGUGGCGAACUCCAGCAACAUACCUGUUCACUUCUAUUACUUCAGCUACAACGGAACGGGCUCUAUAGAAUACGGUAUGAUGCAUGCCGGGGAAACCUUGUAUCUGUUUCCGAAUGGCAUAUUUGGACCAGACACGGACCCUAACUCCAACGAUGGGAAGGUGGCAAGUCAGUUGACAACACUGUGGACCAAUUUCCCCAAAUACGGGGAUCCGGCUCCAUCUGGAAGUCCAGUGGUAUGGGAAAAGUUGACGGCGGAUGCAUCCAACUAUCUGGAUAUGAAACUGGAAUUUGUGACUCGUCAAGACUUUCUUAAGGAACGGAUGGAUUUCUGGAGAGAAAUAUUGUCUUCCUAAUUAGUUAUAUGGUGUGAUAUCCUUUGCCAUAUACAACUCAGUGA